AACUGUUCCAAAAGCCGAGAAUCAGUUUCCAGCAUCACAUCGAUCGAUAGACAUCUGCGAACCAGGUCGCUAGUAAUUCUUACAAUUUCAACAUAAUGGCCAGCAUCGUUCGCAAAAUAAUUUCCUCCAAAAAGUGCCCGAAAGCUGUGGCUCCUUAUAACCAAGCAGUGGUAGCCGAUCGUACGGUGUACUGUUCCGGGGUGCUCGGCAUGGAGCUGGAAUCUCUGAAGCUGGUAGAUGGCGGAGCUGCCGCCCAAACGGCCAAGGCCCUACAACAUUUGACAACGCUGUUGGCCGAAUCCGGAUCGGACAUCGAAAAGGUGGUGAAAACAACGAUUUUGCUGGCCGACAUGAACGACUAUGCAGUCGUCAAUGAGGAAUACAAACGAGUAUUUGCGAACAACUUCCCAGCUAGGACUUGCUUUGCCGUGAACAAACUUCCCCUCGGUGCGGCCGUUGAAAUCGAAGCCAUUGCCCUGACCGGAGAUGUGAUACAUAUGACUUCAUAAAAAGACUUCAUCAGCUGGUAACUGGAAAGGUAAACGAUAUGAUUGUGAAUGAAUGUGUAAAUAUCGGUUAUUGGAGAAUAAAAGAGGAGUAGUCUGAAAAAA